UACCAUUCUGUAUUUGUUUGAGGUUUCUGGUUCCUGAAUCCGUUGUACUUAUUUACUUUACACUUCUUGCAGGUCGUCAACAGCGGUACAGAGUACAGUACUGGUCAGUUCAUCGCUGUCUUCGUCUGGAUCGUCGAUUGGCUCCGAUCAUCGCCAUCUACGGAGCGGUCAUUCCAGUACACACUCCCAGCAACAAUCCACAAUCACCGAAUCUGCGAAAACAGUUACCGAGGAUGCACCCCAGGGCUAUGCAGAAUGGAGAAGCCGAAUACUUGCUAAUCUGUCGAACAGACGUAACAAUAAUGUCUGCAGUAACAAUAAUUACUUGGACAGAUGUUCAUCGCUGCGAGCUGAGGACCUGACAGGAACAGAAAAUCAACUUGCCGAGGUUCGCUCAAUCACCGAAAUUUACCGAUCGGCUGAAGUGACCGCAGGCGAAGGUGAUACCAUAUCGCAGUCGACUUUGGAAGGUUAUUUUUUAUUUGUCGAUUGGAAGUUUUGCUGA